GAUCAGCGGCGCGCAAGCUGCCAUGGAGCAGCGGCAGCAGCCGGUCGUGCCGGUGGCGCGCCUGGCUGGGGUCGGGCGGGAGCAGUUCCUGCGAGACAUCUACCCCCAGAGAAAGCCAGUAGUGCUGACAGGAAUGGAACUGGGCGCUUGCACAACCAAGUGGACAGUAGAUUACUUGAGCCAAGCUGAAAGACCUAAAGAAGUAAAGAUUCAUGUUUCUUCAGUGCCACAGAUGGAUUUCCUCAGUAAGAACUUUGUGUAUAGAACUCUGCCUUUUGAUGUAUUUGUACGAAGAGCAGCUGAAGUCAGACACAAGGAGUACUUUCUUUCUGAGGAUGAAAAGUACUAUUUGCGAUCAGUGGGUGAAGAUGCUAGGAAGGAUAUUGCAGAUAUCAGAAAGCAGUUUCCUAUUUUGGCCGAAGAUGUUCGGAUUCCAGAGUAUUUUGAGAAAGAACAGUUUUUCUCUAGUGUCUUCCGCAUCAGCUCAGCUGGAUUACAACUAUGGACACAUUAUGAUGUAAUGGAUAACUUCUUAAUCCAAGUAACAGGGAAAAAACGAGUUGUUUUGUAUAGUCCUAGAGAUGCACCAUAUUUAUAUUUAUCAGGUACUAAAUCAGAGGUGCUGGAUGUGGAUAACCCAGACUUUGAUAAAUACCCUCUUUUUGUGAAAGCCAAGCGCUAUCAAUGUUUUCUAGAAGCAGGAGAUGUGUUAUUUAUUCCAGCUUUGUGGUUCCACAAUGUAAUUUCUGAGGAAUUUGGAGUGGCACUGAACGUCUUUUGGAAGCACCUUCCUGCAGACUCCUAUGACAAGAGUGACACUUACGGAAAUAAAGAUCCCACAGCAGCCUCUAGAGCUAUACAAAUCUUGGACAGGGCCUUGAAAACACUUGAAGAGCUUCCUGAAGAUUAUAGAGAUUUUUAUGCUCGGAGAAUGGUGUUACGCAUCCAAGAAAAAGCCUAUAGGAAUGAUUAUGGAUAAAAUAACAAUUAAGCUCCUGUGAAAGCAGAAAAUUGUAUGUUAAUAUGGAAACUGUCCAUGUGUACAUAUGCAAACUUUCUCUAAGACAAAUAUAAACUAUGUUGAUAAACUUCAUUACAGAUUAAUGUUUAUCUUGUAGAUUUUUUUCUUAUUUUUUUCUUCACAUGCAGCAGCUGCACAACCUUCUUCAUCUGGAGAUGGUCUCUCUUCUACAACAAGACAUACAUUUGCAGUACCUGCACUUACAACUCUACUUUUUUGGAGUGUUCUACUUAUAUUUUUCUGAACACAAGUGUGGGCGAUCAGCUGUGAGCCACGGGUGGCCUUGAUCUUGACAAACUGGCUGCACCCUUGACAGUUAGGGAUAAACAAGUUUGAGGGAAAGAAGGUAUGUGAGAUACAGAUGUAUGUUGACAUUCUUGUAAGAAAAUGUAAGAAGCUUGUAGCCUAUCAUAGAAUAGGAUAGAAUGCGUGAACAGAGGCUGUUAAGAAAUAGGAAGGAAGCGUAGGGUGCCUGGACAGGAGAGCAAAGUAUAAAAAUGCAGUGUAACCCAUAAUAAACUGCUGAUGCUUGUGACCAUCA